AUGCAUUUGGUCCCCACAGCGCCAGGUCAUGUCUCUCGGCCGACGUACCGACCACAAUAUUCAACCACUAUGCGUAUUUGCGAGCCGGGCUCGGCCUAUUCUAGCGUGACACGAGUUCAACCGGUCAAACGGUACAGCUCCAGCACAGGGCCGACCAUAUACGGGACUGGAGAAAGUGUACAGGACAUGGGUUGGGCCAAUCUGGAUACCGGCAGCCGACAGGGCAGUAAUGUGUACACGAGUAGUCGGACGGUACAACCGUUGCGCAUAAACGUCUACAACAGUUAUCCCAUUUAUGGGCCACCUCAUCUUACUUCCACACUGUUUUGUAUCAUUCGGCCCAUCAAUUCUACCGGAAUCACGUCUUUGCGGUUCUCAUUUAUAAAGGAGCCGAGGCUAAUAGUAUAUACCAGCCUCCGCCAGCUUACUGUUCGUUCAUGUACGCACAAAUACAGUAUUCGCCAGUUUUCAGGUUACACUUAA